AAAGGAUGCGGAAGCUCUGAGAGAAACUAUGGUGCAGAAGAUGGUUAGAAGCGGAUCUAAGACUGUUGGAGGUGCAGUGAUGUCGGACAAGAGUUGGAACUGGGACAGUUUGAAAGAGAUAAUUUAAAAGCCCGCUACCAUGCUUGGAGACACCUCAAGAAUUUCUAGGCUUUCAAGGGAGGUUAAGGAAGAGAUUUUAAAAGGUGAACAGUGCCACUCUUCUCAAGCGCCGACGGACAUAAGCCGAGAUGGCAGCGGUGAGGGCCGUGAAGAGUUAAUGAGGGACGGAGCCCCCUGCGCCGCGAGCUCCCCGCGAGCUCCCUCCGCCCUCCUGUCCCCACCCUCUCGUUUUGGCAAGGGAUUAAAGUGCUCCCCCCUGUGGCAGCAGUGACCCAGAAUGAGUUUGAUUCACACAGUCCUUCCUCCAUAACAAGCCAAACGGCCGUCCGAGAGUGCCUCCCUGCGCCGGGUGUGUGCGCGCCGGCGAGAGCAGGGGCCCGCCCGGCUCCCCGCCCGCCAGUCGGUCCACCCGCCUGCCUCGGCCUGAACUCAUGCGGCGCGGAGCGAGCGGCGAGGAGCCCAGCGCCGCGGCCGAACCCCUACGCAGCAGGCUGCCUGCUGCUUCCCGGGGAGAUCAUGAAACGAGGUCGCCUUCCCAGCAGCAGUGAGGAUUCUGACGACAAUGGCAGCCUGUCAACUACUUGGUCGCAGAAUUCCCGAUCUCAACACAGGAGAAGUUCGUGCUCUAGGCAUGAAGAUCGAAAGCCUUCAGAGGUAUUUCCUGAAUGCUGGUGUGACUGCGUGUAGUACAUGUGUGCAUGAGUGCAUGUGGUUGACACACAAACCUGAUGGAUUGAUACUGAAGUCUGUGCAUUCUUGGGUGUUUAGGACAGACCUGAUCACAGCCAUGAAGUUGCAUGACUCCUACCAGCUGAACCCGGAUGAGUACUAUGUGCUGGCAGAUCCCUGGAGACAGGAGUGGGAGAAGGGGGUCCAGGUGCCGGUGAGCCCUGGGACCAUCCCUCAGCCCGUGGCCAGGGUUGUGUCUGAAGAGAAGUCCCUUAUGUUCAUCAGACCCAAGAAAUACAUUGUCUCAUCGGGCUCCGAGGCUCCAGAGCUGGGCUACGUUGAUAUUCGGACGCUGGCCGACAGCGUGUGUCGUUAUGACCUCAACGAUAUGGAUGCUGCGUGGCUGGAACUGACCAAUGAGGAGUUCAAGGAGAUGGGAAUGCCUGAGCUGGAUGAAUACACCAUGGAAAGGGUCCUGGAGGAAUUUGAACAGCGCUGCUACGACAACAUGAAUCACGCUAUAGAGACUGAAGAAGGCCUGGGGAUUGAGUAUGAUGAAGACGUUGUCUGUGAUGUCUGCCAGUCACCUGACGGUGAGGACGGCAACGAGAUGGUGUUCUGUGACAAGUGCAACAUCUGUGUGCACCAGGCCUGUUACGGAAUCCUCAAGGUCCCAGAGGGCAGUUGGCUGUGUCGGACAUGUGCCCUGGGGGUUCAGCCCAAGUGUUUGCUGUGUCCCAAGAAAGGCGGAGCGAUGAAGCCUACCCGCAGUGGGACCAAGUGGGUCCAUGUCAGCUGCGCACUGUGGAUCCCAGAGGUGAGCAUUGGCAGCCCCGAGAAGAUGGAGCCCAUCACGAAGGUGUCUCACAUCCCCAGCAGUCGGUGGGCGCUGGUGUGCAGCCUCUGCAAUGAGAAGUUUGGGGCCUCCAUCCAGUGCUCUGUGAAGAACUGCCGCACAGCCUUCCACGUGACCUGUGCUUUUGACCGGGGCCUGGAGAUGAAGACCAUCUUGGCAGAGAAUGAUGAAGUCAAGUUCAAGUCCUACUGCCCAAAGCAUAGCUCACAUCGAAAACCCGAAGAGAGCCUUGGUGAGGGGGCCACUCAGGAGAAUGGGGCACCUGAGUGCUCCCCCCGGGAUCCUCUGGAGCCCUUUACCAGCCUUGAGCAGAAUCAGGAGGAAGCCCACCGGGUCAGUGUCCGGAAGCAGAAGCUGCAGCAGCUGGAAGAUGAGUUCUACACCUUCGUCAACCUGCUGGAUGUUGCCAGGGCCCUGAGGCUGCCCGAGGAGGUGGUGGAUUUCCUGUACCAGUACUGGAAGUUGAAGAGAAAGGUCAACUUCAACAAGCCCCUGAUCACUCCAAAGAAAGAUGAAGAGGACAAUCUAGCGAAGCGCGAGCAGGAUGUCUUGUUUAGGAGGCUGCAGCUGUUCACUCACCUGCGGCAGGACCUGGAGAGGGUUCGGAACCUCACUUACAUGGUGACCCGCAGGGAAAAGAUUAAACGAUCUGUGUGCAAAGUCCAGGAACAGAUAUUCAAUCUUUACACUAAGCUUUUGGAGCAAGAAAGAGUUUCAGGUGUGCCUUCUUCUUCCUGCUCCUCCUCGUCACUGGAAAACAUACUUUUGUUUAACAGUCCUUCUGUGGGCCCUGAUGCUCCCAAGAUAGAGGAUUUGAAGUGGCAUUCUGCAUUCUUCAGGAAGCAAAUGGGUACUUCCUUGGUUCACUCGCUGAAAAAACCCCAUAAACGAGAUCCAUUGCAGAACAGUGCUGGGAGUGAAGGCAAAACCCUGCUGAAGCAGCCUGACCUAUGCAGUAGGAGGGAAGGGAUGGCCCCAGAGGGCUUUCUGAGUUUUGAAAAGACCUUUGCAGAAGCGCGUCUUAUAUCAGCACAACAGAAAAAUGGUGUGGUGAGGCCCGACCAUGGGAACAGAAGAGACCAUCGUUUGCAUUGUGAUCUCAGUAAGGGAGACUUAAAGGACAGACCUUUUAAACAGAGUCACAAGCCUCUCAGGUCCACAGAUGUGUCCCAGAGGCAUCUGGACAACACCAGAGCUGCCACUUCCCCUGGAGCGGGGCAGUCAGCACUGGGCACAAGGAAGGAGAUGGUGCCCAAGUGCAACGGCUCCCUCAUCAAAGUAAACUCUAACCAGACUGCAGUCAAAGUGCCUACAACACCUGCCAGCCCAGUGAAAAACUGGGGAGGAUUCCGGAUUCCAAAGAAGGGGGAACGGCAGCAGCAGGGAGAGGCCCACGAGGGGGCCUGCCACCAGCACUCAGACUACCCCUACUUGGGCUUAGGCCGAAUUCCAGCCAAGGAAAGGGCAAAAAGCAAAUUGAAAUCUGACAAUGAGAAUGACGGGUAUGUCCCUGAUGUAGAAAUGAGUGACUCAGAGAGUGAGGCAUCAGAAAAGAAAUGUAUACAUGCCAGCAGCACUAUCAACAGGAGGACAGACAUUAUCAGGAGAAGCAUUUUAGCCUCUUGAUGAAACAGAUGGCGUGGGAGAACUGCAGGUUUGUCAUCCAGUAGACUGAGAGCUCUGACAUGGGGUUGAGCAGAAACCCAUCACUCCUGAGCUACACAAACACAUUUACUUGCAAUUCAGAUUGAUUUUUUUUCAGAGUCAUUUAUAAAUCAUUGUUGUGAGAAGUGUGUGUUAUUUGCAACUUGUUAAGGAAACACAAGAGUAGAUUGUAACUGUAAGACACUGCCAAGACUAGAGGCUGAAUUAAACACUAAAAUAAGAAUGAAAUAAGUUUCUAAAGAGAGCAAGGCUUAAAUAAGCCUUAUGAGUUUUUAUUGCCCUAUGUUCUUCCCAAAGCACAAAUUCUUGAUUACCUGAAUAUAUGGAAUCAGAUAUGGUUCUUGAGAAACUCUCACAUAUCAUUUAAUAGCCCAUAUAACUUACUUUCUAGGACUGUGGUGGAUCUUGAAAUCAUAUUUAUACUUUGGCCCACAAGGCUGUUUUUGUUGCAUUAUAGUAUAUAGGCAGUAGCUCUGAAGCUUCAGUAACUCUAAGGAAUUCAUGUGUGUAUAUAUAGCAGAUGGGGAAGAGAAAAUUUUAAAAAAAGGUCAUUAAUGAAAGGUCUGAAGGGACAAGGUAGAGCUGCUGGAGCUUGGAGACCAGUAAGCAAGGUCCUGCUUCUGGAAGCCCUUGAAUGUACUGUGGAUAUAGGACUGGUGGAAAGUGAAGCCACUGAGAAGUUACACCUGUGAGAAAGGGUAGUUUGGGUCCCAUUUUUACCAGUCCUCUUGACCUCCCUCUUCCCUUGCCAUUGCCUUUUGGGUGAGCUUGGGAUUUCCCUAGCCAUUGGCAAUAAUACCUGGCCAUCUGGCUUCCAACAAUACAAUGGCUAUUCAAGUUCAAGCAAUGAACUUCUAGACUCUGGUGACUCAUACUUCCCAGAGCCAACCACUAGUGUCAGGGAAUCCGGCCUUCCAACAUGAACGGAUUCCUUAAAAAAAAAAAAAAAAAAGGAAAAAAAGAAAAAAAAAGAAAAAAAAAGUCAAAUAGGUUAUAUUUAAAAAACAAUAGAAAGGCAAUAAGUUGUGAUAACCUCUUACCAUUGACCAAGGUUAUACAGGAAAGAGAUUGAAGUGUAAUAAGUUUUCUGGAGUCAAGAGUUCUAAGCUCUAAUUUGUAACUUGGACUUUCUAAUUGCAAAUGGCAAUAACUAGUAAGUUAUCAGCAAUAAUAAAUUUAGCAUUAAAUUUGAGUACAAUGUUCUGUUUUUUGCACUCACUGUGGUGCAUUAUGUAUUAAGACAGUGGAUAGUGUUAAGGUCCUGUUAAUUUUCUUUGGAAUUCAAUGUAGUUGUGAAUCAAACUUAAAAGGAGGAAAGUUUAAAUAGCAAUGAGAUUUAGAAUUAUGGGCGCUUGGAACAAGCCCAACUUCCCUUAAAUUACCCCUUAGUUUGUUAAUAUCAGUAUUCAGAUUCCUGAUUCACUUAUACAUCUGUUUCCAUGUGGCAGGGACAUUCUGAUACUUAAAGAAUAAUGUUUUGAGUUCUGUAGUUAACUUUCAAGUCUUCCAGAUGAUUGUCAACAAGGAAAGAGGCUUAUUAUUGAAUUCCAUCUUGCUAUGCAAGUUUUAUCAGAUGAUCAAAUAGUAGAUCUGAUACACCCCCAUUGUAUGUAUGACAUUUUCAAACCAAGUCUUAACUUUUCCAAUACAUUUUAAUAGCUAAUUCAGGGGAGGGGAAAGAAUGACCCAGGUUUUUAGAUUGAUAUUUUUGAGCUAUGGGGCUCAUUUUGAGAGACUGUUGUCCAGAUAAACUGUUGCUACAAUAUUAGAAGCUUCUUAUGAAUCCAAGCUUUACAUUCACUCAUAAUUUAAAAAUCAGAUUUUUUGCAUAUGAGCAAAAACUUUUUGAUGGAUACAGAAGAAGGUGAACUCUAUUUAGUUAUCUUUUGACUGCAGCAACAGUUCUGGGUGAGAGUAGAAUAUAUAGAGGGAUAAUUUGUCAAGCCAUAGAAAGAAAAUCUAAAUUCUAGUAAGUAUAUGACCUCUCACCAUUAUAAGAGGUACCAGAUUCAUUUGCACUAUUAGGAAUGCUAGUUUUGUGCAAAAAAAAAAAAAAAAAAUGCCUUACCUGUUUUUUCCCCACAUUUAGGUUGAAAAGCUUUCAAAUGUUCCAAGUUAUGCUGAACCAAAAAACAAAACAAAACAAAACAAAAAAAUAAAAAAAAACCCACAAAAACAAAAAGCCCACACUUUUUAUUCCUGCUUUGAAAUGCAAAUGAUAUGGAGCAUGGUUUCUCUGACAGUGUAACUAUAGCUUUGUAAGUUAGUUUCUCAUCCUGCUGGGAACUCUGUAUGAGGUGGGCCAUGAGUGGCAACUCGCCCAAUCUGCCCACUUGCACUCUGAGGAUGGAACCAUUUGCUCUUUUCUUCUUUCUUUUUUUUUUUUUUUAAAUAGCUUUAUCUUUCCUUGUGCAUCCUGACCAAGAAAUAUCUUUGAUUAUGAUCAAUGUAUUAUGUCAAAAUGUAGGCUAGUUAAACUUCUGUAAAGUUGCCUGGAAUGUCAUUUGUUAGGUUAUAACAAAAUCUAAAUGAAGGGUUAUAUGUGUUGUGUACAAAUCUUAAUUAUUUUGAAAUGGACAAACUUGUCAUUACAUUUGUAACCUUGUACAGAGGAUUUUUUCACUAUGUGCCUAGCUUGGUGUCCAUUCAGCUAAAAUUGAAAAAAAAAGGUGCAUGAAGAGUUAAAAAUCAGAAUUAAACAAAGUAUAUGUAGAGAUGACUAUUUUAUAUUACAUGACCCAAUCCUGUAUUUAUUUCUACCCCCUUUUUGAAAGUAUUUAUAAAACUAGUUGAGGACAGCUGUAUUUUUCUGUUGAACUAUUUAGUAGAAUUUGUGCCUUUUUGUCUGUAUGUGAAUAAAUGCUGUACAUUUUGCAAUA